GUAGGUACUCGUAUACACGCCUUUCCGCUCGAACAUUCUGUUUAUUGCUAAAGAGAAAAGAGAGGAGAAGCUAGAAUAUAAUAAAAUUAAUCGUUACCGUCGAGAACAAAAGCAUGUUCGGUUUUUUUUUGCAUCUGUAGUCACUGUAAUAAGCUGGAAAACACAUAUACAUAUAUAAACACAUAUGCAUAUAUGUAUAGUGUGUAUUUACUAAAAGUAGCCCAAACGUCUAAACUCAUUUUAGCGCAAAGGUUUUAUUUUUAUCCGAUCGCUGAGGCGAACAGUUUAAAAUAAACUUGCAACAACGUCUAGUAACGUCUGGACAGUUCUAUUCGUCUUUUUAAUACGAUGUGGAAGCGGCAUCAGCCUCAGUAUCGCAUUACGGUUUGUCGGAGGAGUAACUGGUAAUCCAACUCUUCGCGUGUAAAUCUUCAAUACAUUAAGGAAAUUAAUAUAAUAUAUCAUAUUCAUUAUUUAUUAAAGAAUCCAUCAUGACAAAAACAACAAACCUGAGUGCACGUGAAUGGAAGGAAAAAGGCAAUGAGGAAUUUAAUAAAGCAAAUUGGUCGGAAGCUUUAAGUUGUUAUACAAAUGCACUGAAGCUUACGAAUGAAGAUAAUUCUGAGAAAGCAAUAUAUUAUAAGAAUCGUGCUGCUGCGUAUCUCAAACAGGAAGAAUAUAAUAAAGCAAUUAAAGAUUGUGAUGAGGCUCUUAAGAUAUGUCCAAAUGAUCCUAAAGCAUUGUUUCGCAGAUGUCAGGCAUUAGAUGCACUAGAAAGAUUUGAGGAAGCAUAUCGUGAUGCAAGAUACAUUAUUUCAGCAGAUCCUGGUAAUAAAGCAAUUCAACCUAUUGCUGCAAGACUGCAUGAAAUUGUUCAAGAAAGAUAUAGACAAAACUCUCGUGUUAGUGCCAAGGUAUCCCAAAUGAUGAAUAUAGCUUUUGAAAUGAAAGGAGACAAUGAAAAACGAGAACAAGCAAUGAACAAUUUACUUGUUCUUGCCCGAGAAAGAGCAGGGGCAGAAGUGAUGUUUAAUGAUGGAAUUGUUUCUCAAAUAACUAAGACCCUUAAACUUGAGAAGAAUGAAGAAAUAAUAACGAUUGCUAUUCGAAUAAUUGCAGAAUUAUGUAAAGAUAAUAUCAAUAGAACUGAAAUUACUAUAAAAGAUAUAGGUAUACCCUGGUAUUUAGAGAUGAUUAAUAGUAAAGUUUCGGAAAGGGUAAAUGCUGCUCAGUACUGUUUACAGACUGUACUCAAUAGUUACAGUGGAAUGGAUAACAAACCAGAUUCGAAACCAAAUAAAGAAUUAUGUGAGAAAUAUAAUAAGGAAAUUGAUACCAUCUUAUCUUGUUUAUUGUACAGUAUAACGAGUAGAACAAUUUCUGGAUUAGCUAGAGAUGCAAUUAUAGAACUUAUAAUGCGCAAUAUUCAUUAUACUGCAUUAAAUUGGGCAGAACGUUUGGUCGAACUUCGUGGUUUACAACGUUUAAUGGAAGUAGCAAGUGAGCUUGAAGAAUACAAAUAUGAAUCUGCUAUGGACAUCACCCCAUCUACUAGAACUGUAACCAGCGUUUGUUUGGCAAGAAUUUAUGAAAAUAUGUAUUAUGAUGCAGCAAAAGAGAAAUUCAGAAAUGCUAUUGAUGAAUACAUUAAAGACAAAUUACUUACCCCAGAUAUAGAAUCUAAGGUUCGCAUUGUAGUUGCAAUAACAACAUUAUUACUUGGUCCAUUGGAUGUUGGAAACACUGUAAUUGCCAAAGAAGGUAUUUUAGAAAUGAUACUUGUUAUGGCCGGUACAGAUGAUAUAUUGCAACAGAAGGUUGCUUGUGAAUGUAUCGUAGCUGCUGCAUCAAAGAAAGAUAAAGCAACAGCGAUUAUAAACCAAGGCGUGAAUAUAUUAAAGAAAUUGUAUCAAUCUAAAGACGAUUCGAUUAGAGUACGUGCUUUGGUAGGAUUGUGUAAGUUAGGUAGUUCGGGUGGUACAGACGCCACAAUAAGACCAUUUGCCGACGGCGCAACAAAGAAAUUAGCCGAAGCUUGUAGAAGAUUCUUAAUUAACCCUAAAAAACAAAAGGAUAUGAGAAAAUGGGCAGUGGAAGGAUUAUCUUAUCUCACGUUUGAUGCUGAGGUGAAAGAGAAAUUAAUUGAAGAUAAAGAAGCGAUUCAAGCAAUGAUUGAAGUUGCUAAAACCGGAGAUCAGUCUGUAGUUUAUGGUGUUGUUACAACAUUAGUAAAUUUAUGCAACGCUUAUGAUAAACAGGAACUUAUACCAGAAAUGAUAGAAUUGGCUAAAUUUGCAAAACAUCAUAUACCAGAAGAACAUGAAUUUGAUGAUGUAGACUUUGUAAACAAGAGAAUAAUCACCCUAGCUAAAGCUGGGGUAACAAGUGCGUUGGUUGCGCUUUCUAAAACGGAAAGUCAAAAUAGUAAGGAAUUAAUAGCACGUGUUUUCAAUGCAAUUUGCAGUCAACAUGAAGUACGAGGAAUCGUCGUUCAACAAGGUGGAGCAAAGGCACUAUUGCCAUUAGCUUUAGAUGGAACAGACAAAGGAAAGAAACAAGCAUCACAAGCUCUUGCGCGUGUAGGAAUUACGAUAAACCCAGAAGUUGCAUUUCCUGGGCAGAGAAUAAUGGAAGUAGUACGGCCAUUUAUAAAUCUUUUAAAUCCAGAAUGUUCUGCGCUUGAAAACUUCGAGGCUUUAAUGGCUUUGUGUAAUUUAGCUGGUGUUAAUGAUAGUGUUAGAAAACGAAUUUUGAAAGAAGGAGGUUUCCAGAAAAUUGAAACUUACAUGUAUGAAGAUCAUGAAAUGUUGAAACGUGCAUCCGUUCAAGUUAUAAAUAAUUUAAUGAUGUGCGAAGACACUUUAAAAUAUUAUGAUCAAGAAAACGAUAGAGUUAAAUAUUUGGUGAUUCUCUGUGAGGAUGAAGAUUUAGAAACAAGCAUGGCAGCAGCAGGAGCCUUAGCAGUGCUAACAUCAUGCAGCGUAAAAUCUUGUAUAAAAAUAUUUGAUUCAAAGGAUUGGUGUGAAUCGUUACGUUAUUUACUUGCUAAUCCAAAUGUUGAUUUACAACAUAGAGGAGUUGUAAUUGUUUAUAAUAUGAUUAAAAGCACGAAAGAUGUUGCAGCAAGACUAAUUGAAACUGAUAUCAUGGAAAUUUUAAUGGCUUUAACAAAGAGUGAUACUGUAGAGAAUAAAAAAGUAAAGGAGCUAGCUGCCGAAGCAUUAGAAGCUGCAACAAAAUGGGAGCUCAUUAGGAAAAAUGCAGAUGAUGAACAGAUACCAGAAAAUUCGAAUACUUUGGAAAAUGUUGAAUAAAUAUCAGUAUAUGCUAAGUUAGGUAUUCUAUGAAAUGUGAAAUGUACUUAACAAUAAUUAUAUUUUACGCGACAAAGUGCCUUGUCUUUCGUAGUAAAUAGCAUCACUAAAAGACUAAAUAUUGAAGUAUUUUUCGUUUUAGAUAUUAUAAAAAUAUUGCAUUUAUUAACAACUUUAUAUUAUACAACAUUGUUACAUAACAUGAUAAAAUUAUUUAUUUAAUGUUUGAAGGCCUAAACUAUUUAUUUUGUAUAAAUAAUUAUGUAUUAUAUAUGACCGUAUACAGGAAUAUGUAUAUACAAAUUUCAUAAUGUGCAAUUUGUUUCAGUAAAUUUGUACAAUGUUGUUUUAAUAUACCUUUUCCCCAUUAAUCUGUUAAAAACAGGGAUUAGGGUUAUUUUCAUUACAAUUUUAAAAAUGGAUGAUUUAAAGCUUCAUCUGCAGUAAAACGUGUUUUGUAAUCUAAAUCCAACAGUCUUAAUAAAAGGUGAUAAGCUUCUUUUGGAAA